UUUGCAGGUGGCGGGAAAACUGUUAAUAGUUUUUCUUUGGUUGCUUGUGUUUUUUUCACACUUUGCAUCAGCUUUGGCAUGCUGCUGUCGCCUGGAGGCCUCCCGCUUCCGGUGCUCGGGUGGUUUGCAUUCUUCACAGGUUGUGCGGACGCGUCUGUAGUGGUUGUUUAUGUGGCGCAGAGGCUUUCUGCUGCCGCGGUCCCGUCGGUGCUGGGGCAGAGCCGUGUGUUGCUGCCGUGCCAGGCGGGCGAGGCGGGCCGUGCGAGGCGGUCCCCGGGAGCCGGCGGGGCCGGGCGCUGCUGUCCCUGCGGGCUCAGCGCGGCGGCGAGAGCGCUGCGCGGCACUGAACGCUCUGAGGGUGACUGCUGGAACCGGGCCCUGUUUGGAUAACAAAAUGAAACCUGCAGAGCUGCACUAUUGGAUUCUGGGUUGGUUGUCCAUGGCACUAUGUUGUUGGUGUACUUCAGAUACAUUUACUCAAAGUGACAUCCACCCUCAUUCUUGGAAAAAGCUGUAUUUUGCUCAUCAUUGGCCAGUGACUGUAUGUAAGAUGAAUGCUAAUGAUUGUCAUGACCCGCCAAUGUACUGGACAAUCCAUGGAUUGUGGCCUGACAGAGCUGAAGACUGUAACAGGACAUGGCAUUUCAAUGUCACCGAGAUCAAGGAUCUUAUCUUAGACAUGAGACACGACUGGCCUGAUGUCCUUCAUUCAUCUCUGAAUCACACCCAGUUUUGGAAACAUGAAUGGGUCAAACAUGGCACUUGUGCAGCCACACUUGAGGUCCUUAAUUCUCAGAAAAAAUACUUUGGUAAAGCCUUAGAACUCUACAAGCACAUUGAUCUCAAUGGCUGUCUCUUGAAAGCUGGGAUAAAGCCAAGCAGUUUAUAUUACAAGAUGACUGCUAUAAAGGAAGCUCUUACAAGAUUCUAUGGUGUAACACCAAAGAUCCAAUGCCUUCCUCCGGAAGAGGGUGAAGAAGCACAAACAAUUGGCCAGAUUGAAUUCUGCUUCACCAAAGAACUGCAACUUGUGAACUGCACGGUGCUGGAGGGUGAAUCCAACCCAGGGCGGGCUCACUUGAAGCUUGGAACUUCGGAGCUGUCGGUCUGCAAUGAUACUCUCCCAACCUUUUAUCCUGCAGAGGUCCAAGAUCACAAAUGAAGACAGAAGAGUUUGAAAAUCUUUUUAAACAGCAACAAAACUCAAACUCAUGUAAUAUUACAAGCCCCUGUCUAUGUCACAGGCCUAUGGUGAAGAUUUCUGCUGGAAAGCAAAAAUAGUUCUUUUGCUAUUAAAGGAGAAUGGUCCAAAUGAUGGGAUCAGCAUCUGA